AUGAAACUUUUUGAAAAUGAGUACGUGUUUGAUUAUGAGUGGGAAAAGGUUACAGCCGCAAAUUGGAAGAAGUAUCCUAAUGAGGUCUCUACCCAUGUGAUAGCGACAGAUGUCUUAAGGCGAGAAGUUGAUGCAACUGGGAGAAAACUUGUUAGUGAAAGGCUCUUUACGAUCCAGCAAUGCGUACCCAAGUGGAUAAUGAUGUUGGUUGGAAGUAGAAACGUGAGUUACGUUAGGGAGGUGUCUACGGUAGAUCUGGAUUCUAAGACAUUGACUCUAAGGAGUUGUAAUUUGACUUAUUCGCAUUUAUUAAAGGUCUACGAGACUGUCACUUAUAGACCGCAUCCUGAGGAUCCAAAUAGAAAGACGCAGUUUCAGCAGGUAGCGCAGAUCACUGCCUACGCGCCAUUCAGCAGGCUUUGUAAUCAGUUGGAGGACUGGUCUGUCCAACGUUAUAGAGAGAAUGCUGAGAAAGGCAAACGUGGCUUUGAGGCUGUUUUAGAUGUUUUUAGUAGGCAUUGGGAUCAGAGGGAACGUUCUAUGGACAAUAUUGGUAACGCCAUCAUCGAAAAUGUUAGUGAUACAGUUGAGGAUAUAUUAGGUUCUGAUACCAAACCAUCGAUCCUCACUAGGUAUAACACUGUAAUUGAAGCUGCUUUCAAACAUAGCUAG